UUUGACGUUCCUCUGGUCAUCCAGCUGACGGAUGAUGAGAAGUACCUGUGGAAGGACCUGACGCUGGAGGAGUGUCGGCGCUUCACUGUGGAGAACGCCAGAGACAUCAUCGCCUGCGGGUUCGACGUCAACAAGACCUUCAUCUUCUCUGAUCUGGAAUAUAUGGGGGCGAGUCCUGCCUUCUACAGAAACGUGGUGAAGGUCCAGAAGCAUGUGACUUUUAACCAGGUUAAAGGCAUCUUCGGCUUCACAGACAGCGACUGCAUCGGGAAAAUCAGCUUUCCAGCCAUUCAGGCAGCUCCGUCCUUCAGUAACUCGUUUCCGCAGAUCUUUGGUGACAGAAAGGACGUCCAGUGCCUCAUUCCGUGUGCUAUCGAUCAGGAUCCAUACUUCCGCAUGACUCGUGACGUAGCUCCUCGUAUCGGGUACCUGAAGCCGGCUCUUCUUCACUCCACCUUCUUCCCAGCGCUGCAGGGGGCACAAACCAAGAUGAGCGCCAGCGACGCCAACU